UGUUAUUCCAUUGCUAGGCAACAGUUUACAUCUGAAUUGUGUUUGUAUGAGAAGUGUUUAGGGAUUACCGAAAUUGUAAUCAUGUCGGAAAGAAGUGAGGAACCCGUCGAAAUAAAACCCUCUUCUGUCAUGGGAUUCAAUGGCCACAGCCAUGGUGGAAUGAUUAUACAUCCAGAUUGCCAGCACAUCGUCUACCAUCUGGGUUACAUUGUUGUUGUGGAAAACAUUAGUACAAAGAAACAAUCAUUGUUGUUUGGCCACCAUAAUGAUGUUAGUUGCUUGACCGUUUCCCGGAGUGGCCAGUUUCUAGCUUCCGGUCAGGUCAUAUUUAUGGGAUUCAAAGCAGAUAUUAUCGUUUGGGAUUAUGAGAAGAAAGACAUUUACUGUCGUUUCACACUACACAAAGUGAAGGUGCAAGCCCUUGACAUCUCUCCAAAUGACCUAUUUCUGUUGUCUUUGGGAGGACAAGAUGACGGCAAUGUUGUUGUAUGGAAUAUCAAUAAAAAGGAUGCCAUCUGUGGAUCCCCAGCUCAGUCUGUAACAGCCGGUAUAACACUCUGUUGCAAGUUUACUCAUACCAAUGAUUACAGCUUCAUCACAGCUGGCGAAUAUUGUCUUCGUAUAUGGAGUCUUGAUGUGAAAAAUCGUAAAAUAAGGCCAACUGAAGUUAAUCUAGGACCCUAUAAACGAAUUAUACAGUGCCUUGAUAUAGAAAAUGAUGAUUCCUUAUUUUACUGUGGCACAACAACUGGAGACAUCCUUUGUGUAAUAAUGAAGACGGCCAUCCUGGUGUCUAUUGGGCCACCAAAGAAGAUAUUUUCAAUGGGUGUUAAAAGCCUGUGUCAUAUAACAACUGGUGGACAACUGCAGUACUUGGUUGGAGCAGGUGAUGGCACGGUGGCUAUUGUCAAAGACAGGCACAGCAAAUUCCUGCAAACUAAAAACAAUGUAAAACUCACUGGCGCUAUCACAUCAAUUUCUUUGCGAGGUCCAGGACAUCAGUUUUUUGUUGGAACGUCUUGCUCUAACAUUUACAGGUUCAAUUUUGCUGAAUUUUCUUGCAUUUUACUCAAUACUGGACAUUCUUCCUCAAUUAAUGAUAUUAUAUUUCCAUAUGCGACAUCAGAUCUUUUUUUAACUUGUGGAAAGGAAGAAAUCCGAGUCUGGCAUGCUUCUUCAGAGAAAGAAAUGUUACGGAUCACAGUUUCCAACAUGACAUGUAAUGCACUGGACAUUUCACGUGAUGGUUCUAUCAUAAUUAGUGCCUGGAAUGAUGGUAGGAUACGUGCACAUUAUCCAGAGACGGGUAAGCUGAUGUACCAAAUUGAGAAUGCUCACAACCGGGGUGUCACUUCCAUAGCGUUCAGUGCGGAUUCUGAUCGCAUCAUCAGUGGUGGUGGAGAAGGCCAAGUGAGGGUGUGGCGAAUUGAAAUAGGAAAUACAUAUGCAAAAGACAUCUUUAAAACUUCACUUAUUGAAUCAAUGAAGGAGCAUAAAGGAUGUGUCACCCAAAUAAAACUCUUCCCCAAUGGCAUACAGUGUGUCUCAGUCAGUACUGAUGGUACAUGUAUCAUAUGGAAUCUUGAAAAUUACCAGCGUGAUGCGGUCAUUUUUGCCAAUACUCUGUUCCAGUGUGCAUGCAUUUAUCCAGACAAUUGCCAGAUCAUCACCAGUGGGACUGACCGUAAUGUUGGUUACUGGGAGGUAACCGAUGGCACCCAGAUCCGUGAGUUAGAAGCUGCUAAAUCAGGAUCAGUUAAUGCAAUGGAUAUUUCCAAAGAUGGCAAAUAUUUUAUAACUGGGGGAGGUGAUCAUCUUAUUAAGGUGUGGCUGUAUGAAGAAGGUGUUGUGACACAUAUUGGUGUUGGCCAUGGAGGUAGUAUCAAGAGAGUGAAGAUAAGUCCUGAUCAAACAUUUGUCAUAAGUGUUGGAGAAGAAGGUGCAAUUCUUCGCUGGCCUUCUCCUUUCCUUACUGAAUCAUCAAAAAGUACUUAAGAUGAUGAUAAAACUAGAUGAAAUAUUAUCGAGAUUGAUACUGCUGUUGUUAAAGAUUAAUCAAUGCAAAUUAUUUGUGCAAGUUGUUAGUUCAAUAAAGAUGUGAACCUUUUCA